AUGUCGGGAGUCAACAAGGCCUGCUGCUCGAUCCCCCCUGUCGUCGCCAAGGGCUACCAGCCCAAGGGUGAAUACAAGACCAUUGGCGGUUUGAAGACUUAUGUCACCGGUCCCGAAUCCGCCUCCAAGGCCAUCCUCGUCAUCUACGACAUCUUCGGCUUCUUCGACCAAACCCUCCAAGGCGCCGACAUCCUCGCCCACUCCAGCACCCAGAAAUACCGGGUAUUCAUCCCGGAUUUCUUCGAAGGCAGCCCCGCCCACAUCACCUGGUUCCCUCCGCAGACCGACGACCACAAGCAGAAGCUGGGCCACUUCUUCCAGACCAAAGCCGCGCCGCCCAACAACCUUCCCAAGAUCCCGGGGAUCGUCUCCGACGCCAACAAACUCGCCUCUUCCGGGAGCUUCGAGUCCUGGUCGAUUUUGGGGUACUGCUGGGGCGGCAAGAUCGCGACGCUGGCGACGGGUCAGGAGAACUCGAUCUUCAAGGCGGCGGUGCAGUGCCACCCGGCCAUGCUGGAUCCGGAGGACGCCAAGAAGGUGAGCGUGCCGAUGGCGGUGUUGGCGUCCAAGGAUGAGAAGCCCGAGGACGUGGAGCAGUUCGGCAAUAAUCUGGGGCAGCCCGGGUAUGUGGAGACGUUCCCCACGCAGAUUCACGGGUGGAUGGCGGCGCGGUCGAACCUGGAGGACGAGGAGGUGAAGAAGGAGUAUGAGCGCGGGUAUAAGACGGCGCUGGGAUUCUUGGAGAAGUAUGCUUGA